CGGCGGUGGGCUUCAGUUUCAGUUGAAAGUGAACCCUUCGACGCAGUUGACACGAAUCGCGCGCGACUCUCGUCCACUCAGCAGGAAGUUCAAUCCGGAGACACUCAGCAGGAAUUGGCCAAUAUUCAACGCUAGCAGGACAUCCAUCGGACACAAUACGGAUUUUUGCUGCAUCACUGCAGUGAGCCUAAAGUGCGUGAUUAAAAGUGCUAGUGCAGAGUGGAAUAUACAAAUUAAAUCCUAAAAAAGCUAACUGAAAAAAGGAAAUAAAAAGUACAUAAUAAUCACCAUCAAGUGGCCAAAGUUACGGAUAAACAGAGACACCAAACGAUCGUUCAUUCAGGCCCAGAUAGCCCUGGAAGCUGAAAAAUUCAUCGGAGGUGAAAGGAAAACAUACAAUAUUAAUUAGUCGUCUGGCGCGAGCAAUAAAAAUUAAUUAGAAAAUAUUUCACACUGCCGCUAUUUGUCAAGGGAAAGUGCUCACAAAGCCCGGCUCUAUAGAGGAGCCUGCGGUCUCUCGCUCAAUUUGUAAUUAGAGGGAACCCACAAAAAUAUAAAUAGAAAAUAAAAAACCAGAAAAAUAAAUACAAAAGCUGAAUAUUCGCAGAGAGAGCGACAAAGCGACUAUGCAAAGUAUGUUGGUGGCCAACCAGAUGAAAACUUAGAGCGAAAAAACCCAGCCCGCCCAUAAUAGCUCCACAGCAACUCCACUAAAUUGAAUAACAACAAAAAGCGGAAAACGCCGACUCGAAACCUCCGCACCGCUGCGUUCCGCGGUGGAACAAUGAAAAUAAUUUCGCGUAGCAUACGUUCAGGCGACGUCGGAGUUCCUGCCUUUGGCAUUAAGAGCAAGAGUACUAGCACCCAGCGCCGCAGCCGAGGAGCGUUCAAAAUGAAUUGCCCCAUUCUGAUUGUAAUUAGCCUGGGAUGGCUGCUGCACGCGUACACCGGAAGCGGCGGGGGCGUGGCCGAGGCCGCCAUUUCAAAUCGAGCCAGUACCAGCCGCUCCAUGAGCAACGUGGCGCAAUCGGCAGCAUCUGCAUCCUCAUCGUUGACCGCCCCCCAGCCGCGGUUCAUGUCUCGCGGACAUACCUACCGAGCCGUCGUCGGGGACACCCUCGUCCUGCCCUGUCAGGUGGAAAAUCUGGGCAAUUUCGUCCUUCUGUGGCGACGGGGAACAAAUGUGCUCACUGCCUCCAACAUCAUGGUUACAAGGGAUGAGCGCGUAAGACUGAUAGAUGGUUAUAAUUUGGAGAUAUCCGAUUUGGAGCCCCAAGAUGCCGGGGAUUAUGUUUGUCAAAUCAGUGACAAAAUAAAUCGCGAUCAAGUGCACACUGUUGAGAUAUUGGUUCCGCCCAGUGUUCGGGCCAUCCCCACAUCCGGACAACUGCAGGCCCGCAAGGGGGGACCCAUUACGCUGGAAUGCAAGGGAUCCGGUAAUCCGGUGCCAUCCAUUUACUGGACCAAGAAGAGCGGAGCGAACAAAUCCACGGCCCGCAUCGGCGACGGACCAAUUCUGACCCUGGAGAAGCUGGAACGCCAACAGGCGGGUGUCUAUCAAUGUACUGCCGACAAUGGAGUGGGCGAUCCUGUAACCGUCGACAUGCGUCUGGAUGUACUCUGUAAGUAUCCAAAGUAUUUUAUCCAAAUUUUCCCUUUAAAUAUGCAGUUGAAAAGACUUUAUUUCAUAGAAAUAAAAUACGUAUUAUGGAUUAUUUUCUUUAGAGAGGGGAAUCGAAAGCAUGAGAAAAUUGCAAACCAAAGGAUUCAUCUCAAGUUUCGUAAAUUUUGUUCACUUUUGCAUUUGCUGUUGCACUCAAUUGACAUGUUCCUCAUCAUCCUCGCCCUGCAGGUGUCCUGGUACCAGAACUCAUUUCCGAUCCAAAGCACCGACAGACGCAUCAUGAACUCCCGGGGCAACCGCCACACGCUCAACAUCCGCCACAUUCAGCAGGAGGACUUUGGCAACUACAGCUGCGUCGCGGACAAUUCCCUGGGACGGUCGCGAAAGUACAUGGAGCUUUCCGGAAGACCCGGACCCGCAGAAUUUUAUUCACCCAAGUGGGGUCGUUCGCCGGACAGCUACAAUCUGACCUGGAAAAUCGAUAGCUACCCGCCGCUGGAGGAGGUGCGCCUACUUUACCGUCGAGUCCUGAUGAACGAUACCUACCAGCAGCCGGGCAGGUGGCACGACUUUAUUCUCACCCCAGAGCAUCGUCCUGCCUCGGAACCCCUCACACACAUCAUGUCCUACACCAUCAGGAAUCUGCAUCCGGGCGCUUACUACGAGGCAAUUGUGCAGGCUAAGAACCGGUAUGGAUGGAAUGAGGUCAGCGAUAUAUUUCAAUUUAUCGUAGCCACCAACGGCCAGGAGAAUCCCCCCGAAGAUGCCGAGGUGUUAGCCAGUUCCAAGUCGCGCAGCAACAGCGGAGCCGCCGGCAGCCGGUCAGGAUUUCAACUGCAGAGCCUGCUCCUUCACACGGGUCUGCUCCUGGCCCUGGCCUUGAGUAAUUGUCAGAUCGACAGACGUCGGCAGGGCCGAGGGUAAGCAGUGAACUCAACUCCACCCACCACCAAACAUUUGGUGUGGGAAACGCAGCUCAAGGGCCAACCAGUAAACCAGGCUAAUUCGGCGACUUUUUUACACCAUUUGAACUGUUCUGCCGCCAUGGUCUGACUAAAGUACGAUUACCAAAGAGCAACUGAAUGCAUCAAGCCCGAAAACUAGAGGAAAAUUAAAAAAUACCCCAUUGGAGAUAAAAGAGCAAACUGCAGUGAAAUAAAUGCAGCCGUGUAAAUAAUUUUUCAAGUGUUUUGUCCACGAUUAAAUUAGCACAUAAUCACAUAAAACCGGAAAAUGGUUAAUGGAAAUUGCAAUUUGAGAAUGCAAUGCCCCAGAUCCCCAAACACCGAACGAGCCCCCAGAUCGAGUCCCCAGCCCAGCCCAGCCCAGCCCUUCACCAAACAUCCCCACGGUAGUUUAAGCCACUCGAACUAGGUCAUGUAAAUAAGCAUUAGAUAUCUGAAUGUGAACCACAUUUUACUUCAUAAAAUGUCGGGGUGCCACGCCCGAUGCAGGAUGUGUAUGUAAAUUAAGCAAACAUUAUAUAGUGAUAUUAUUUAGUUUCAAACGAAACCAUAAAUAACAAAAUAUUGAAACGAAAUAAAAUGCAGAAAACAACACACCGCAAAAUGUUAUAGAGUGUAAAGUAUUUUCCACGUUUGUGUUUCGUUUUUAAUUUUUUUGGAUUCGUCCUGGAUUGCCAUUCCUUUGAUUGCAGCUGCACUCUUAUUUUAGUUUUUAAGCGCACCAAUAACCAAAUGAUAACAGCAUACAGCAAAUUCAAUGUAAUGUUUUUCAAUGUAAAUUAGAUUUUAAGCAAACAUGUUGUACCACCAAAAUGAUAAAAACCAAAAAACUAUGAAAUGCAAGCAAAUGAAAAACGAAACUAAGCUAGUUCUCCCAUUUGGAAUAUUAGUGGAAAUAUUUGAAUGUGAAUUUUUCCAUACGUACAUAUUGAUGGCGCGCCGCGCAAGCCACUUGACUUUUGGGUCAAAAGCCAGAGGGCCGCAAGUGUCACCUGUAAAUACAUGAAUACGCUACUUAUUGAGUGUUACGAACCCAGCAGGCAUUUUAUCAGCUUUUGCACCUUUUCCGAUUGUACGAUUCGGUUCGGAUCCGUACCGUUUCAUUUAGGGCACACAAUAGAGGUCAAAGCUCACUUGUAUAUUUUAGCAUGCUCUCGAACUCGUAUACAACUCCUGUAUUUAGUCAAACAAAGCCAAAAUAAAAACAAAAAAAAACAGAUACCAAAAAAAAUCCUUAAAAACGAAGAAAAAAAUUAAAAAACGAAGCAAAUACAAAGAGUUACAAUUUAUCUACAUAAAUGUGUAUGUGUGUGUACCUAACAUAGCCAGUCGAGUGCAGGAGGAAUCGUAUGCAUUACUCAGAUUAUACAGUUAGAGCCAUGGACGGAAAGGAGCCAGAAGUUGGAGCUUUGAAGCCCGAUGAAAGCUGAUCGAUGGCACCAGACACUCUGCAACCGAGUCCGUGGGGAACCUACUUACAAGUAUAGUUCAGAUAAACCAGAAAUAGCGUGGCGCGUGCACAGUACGCGUUCAUUAAAACAGAAUUCAUUAAUUACUAACUACCUAGUACGAUGCUAAUUGUAUGAUUAAUGCGCAUAAGAAACCCUAAAUUAUUCAAAAAUAAAAUAAAGCAUUAGAUGUAAACUAAA